CUCAAAUGCCGCAACGUGACGAGCGUGGGAGGCAGGCCGGACAAAAUGCAAGGUACAGCAGCAAGAAACAUUAUCAUAUGACGAUAGAUACUCCCGUCUAUCCCGGGAGACCCUAUCCCAUCCUUAUUGUUCCAACAAAUUAACACCAACAUCUUAUUCUGGUGAUUGAUCUGUCUAAACCGGUCGUGGAAAGUUCUGAAUCACCUACACCAUGGCAGCUCGACAGGAGGAAUUCACGAAAGACUCCAAAACGGCUUUCGGAGCUAUAACCGAAGGAAAGGAGGUGGCUGAAGCUUUUAAGGAUCAGAUUGCUGGCAAAAAUAUCCUCAUAACCGGGAUAACCACGAAAGGUCUCGGCGCCGAGCUCGCAAAGACCAUGGUUCCAUACAACCCUGCACUCAUAAUCCUCGCCUCUCACGACCCGAACGAAGUCGCCAAUCUCAUCGGCGAGCUGCGCCCCCUUCAGACCGACGAAUCUGCAACAGCCCUUGCCCCCCUCCUCGUUGACCUCAGCUCCUUCGCGUCUGUCCGUAAGGCGGCCCAAGACGUGAUCGUCUACUUGUCGCAGAGCCGAUCGGGCGCGAAGCUUGACAUCCUCGUCAACAACGCAAGCCCUGAGGGCCUGCGGUCCUACACCCGCCGCGCCGACGGCUACGAGACCAUCAUGGGGAUCGCGCACCUAGGGCACUUCCUGCUGUCGGGCCUGCUGCGGAGCUCGCUGGCUCCACGGGCGCGCAUCGUAAACCUGACGAGCCUGCAGCACCGAAAUGCCGAGGUGACGUUAUCGGACCUGUGGUUCCGGCCCGGCGAGGCCCACGACCGGGACGUAGCGUACGCCCGCGCCAUGGCUGCCACCAUCUUCUUCACCAAGGGGCUGGCGCGGCGCGGCUUCGUCUCCUUCGCCGUGCAGACGGGGCCCGGGCGUGCGAGCGACCAGAGCGGGAAGCCCCGCGCCGAGGCGGAUGUCCUGGCGGAGAGGUUCGGGCUUGGGUGGAAGACGUUCCAGCAGGCCGUUGCGACGUAUGUUGUCGCGGCCUUCCAGCCCGGCCUGGACGAGACGGACAAUGGCGCCUUCCUAUCUGACUGCCAGGUCGAGAAGUCGGCGGCGUUUGCGGAGAGCGAGAGCACCGUGGAGAACCUUUGGAAGUUCUCCGAGGAACUGGUGGGACAGCGGUUUGGGAGUUCAUGAAUGUUCGGCACGUUGCCAGAUCAGAGCGUAGUAUUAGGCUUGGCUCGUAAUAAAUAACGCGACCUAAGUGCGUUCAGGUUGCGUUCAGGUAAACUGACGUGCAGCUCAAGCAACAGUUUUGCGCGCUAUGAUUAGAUAUAUAUAUAUAGGAGUAAAGUGGAAAUUUGUAUUAUAUAUAUUGUUCUGGCUCUUAUUAUAUGUUUCUGGGUGUGUG